CGGCGCAGUACAAGUUUAAGCUACGCUUUUGGGAAAUGUGAUACAGUGACGACCUCCAUAACUUACAGAACCCAUUUUAUCCGAUGGCCUUUGAUUAUUUAUAUUAAUUUAAUUAUGAAAAACGUCAUUAACUGAACAUUUGGUUACAUUUUAUUCACGUGUUCACCGCAUGGUUCAUUUCUCCACAGCAAAUGUCUUUCGCUAAGCUAGCUUCAUUAUGCUUUGACAUUUAUUAUUUUUAAGAAGCUAACAUGUAGUCAAACGUUUUGUUAACGGACAGGUAGGUGGUAGGGACGUGAAGCAACGAGACAGGGGGGUCAGAAAUGGACCCGAAUCCGCCUAAGCGGACCCGGACAGCGGAAAAAGAAGAGAUGAAGCAGAAAGGAGGAGAUGAACAGGAGGCGGAGGGGAGCGCAGUGGAUGUGAGUAUAAUCAUGCCAGUGUACAAUGCAUCAUGCUGGCUAGAUGAAUGUCUGCAAGCCAUAUUAGACCAAGACUUUACUGGAUCCAUGGAGCUGUCAGUGUUCGACGAUGCAAGCACUGAUGACUCCAUGAAAGUGGUGGAGAGUUGGAGGAAGAGGCUGGAAGCGAGGGACAUUGGUGUGGUGAUCUCUGGUCACAGCUCUGCCCAACCCAGAGGAGUGGGAUAUGCAAAGAAUAGGGCGGUAUCUCAGAGUUGUGGACAGUACUUGUGCUUUCAGGAUGCGGAUGACAUUAUGUGUCCCCAAAGAGUUUGUCUGCAGUAUGAUGCAUCUGUCCUCCAUCAAAACUCUCUGAUUGGCUGUAAAGUUCAGAGGCUGCCAGAGGGAUCUACAGAGCGUUACACCCGCUGGAUCAACUCACUGACUCAGGAUCAGCUCAUCACACAGGUGUACACCUCACAUGGGCCCACAGUCGUCAUGCCGACAUGGUUCUGCUCAAGGAAAUUGUUCCUGAAGGUUGGACCGUUUGACGAGGGAGGCAAGGGAGUCCCAGAAGAUCUGCUCUUCUUCUACCAGAUUCUUCGCCAGGGAGGGGGUCUAUUCAGGGUGGACAAGUCCCUGCUGGUUUACCGUUACCAUGAGAAGGCUGCCACUCAUUCUGUAACUGAAGAGACUAUCUGGAAGCUGCGUGUGGACUUCCUGCAGGAGAGAGUUCUCAGCCAGUGGCAGACCUUCACCAUAUGGAACGCUGGGAAACAAGGCCGGAAACUUUACCGAAGCCUGAGCCAAACCAAUCAGAAAAAAGUUAAAGCUUUCUGUGAUGUGGAUGAGAAUAAGAUCCAGAAAGGUUUCUAUACAUAUGAGGAAUCCAAGGAAAGACCAAAGCCCAAAGUCCCAAUCCUUCACUACAAAGAUGCCUCAGGCCCCUUCAUCAUCUGUGUUAAACUGGACAUGACAGGAGGAGUUCUAGAGGAAAACCUUAACUCUUUGCAGCUGAAGGAAGGAAAAGAUUACUACCAUUUCAACUGAGACUGAGUGCUCAUGGUGGUGCAGACCACAGCAGCCCUGCAGGUUAAACAGGCAGAGGAAUGCAGAGGACUGGAUUACAUUAACAAACACUAACUGAGCCUUAGCCUGGAAAUAAAACGGGGGGGGGGGGGGGGGGGGGGGGGGGGGGGGGGUAUAUUUUGAAGCGUGAAAGGUGUUUAUGUGUCUGCAAAGAUGGAGAAAUUUUUUAAGUCAUAGCUUUACUUGGAAGGCUUGACAGCCUUGAUUUUUCUGCCUCACUCAGUAACCACAGAACUGUUAGAAUUGGCUCUCUAAGUGGAGCUUUUAGGAUUGAGUCCACAUUUUAGGGAAAAAUGCUUAUUCAUUUUCUCGCUGAGCAUUAAGGUAGAUAUCAGUGUCAUAUGGUAAAAAAAAGUGGUUAGCUUAGCUUGAAUCAACCUUCCAUCCCCUUCAAGUCUCAUUUUUUUGUGUUAAGUUUGUGUAAUUUGGCUGUUGGAUGACUAUGUCAGCUGUUUUUGGUCCAAUUUGGAGGACGAGACGGGGUCGUCUUUGUCUUUCUGGAUAAAAUGUCAACCCUGCCUGUUUAUUUAUAGAGACAGCAUUCAAAAACGUCCUUCAUCUGAUGUUUCUGGACUCUUCCGACAGCAUUGUACAUUUAUUUUUUUAGUUAAAGAAAAUAAAAAUAAUCCCAAA